UAGAAUAUUUCAAAGAAAGCAUCCAUUGAGUUAAAAACUUUCUAAGGAAUAUCAACCAAUAUGAAAUUCAUCAUUGUAUUUGCUGCACUCUUUGCUGUUGCUUUGGGUCGUCCAUCUGAGGAACAGAUUGUACGCUCGGAAAGCAGUGUCGAACCAGAAGGCUUCAAAUUUGCUGUCGAAACAUCUGAUGGUAGUGUGCACACUGCUGAGGGUCAAUUGAAGGAUGUAGGUACUGAACAUGAAGGUAUUGCAGUUCACGGUUCGUUCUCUUUUGUAGCUGAUGAUGGUAAAACCUAUACCGUUGAUUAUGUUGCCGAUGAGAAUGGUUUCCAACCUCAUGGUGCUCAUUUGCCUGUGGGACCUGAUGCUCAAUAGAGUGCUUGUAAAAUGAUGAAAUGAAUAAAAGUUAAUAAAAAGUUUAGUUCAAA